UUGUUUAUGAGGCAUAAGCACGUGUUGAGUUUGAGUAAAAGGUUUUGAACUGUUACAGCAGUUGAAAAGUUUCAACAAUUUUUGAUUUUUACAUUUUACUUAAAAUGGGAAAAUCAAAACAGGCGAAGAAAAAUGAGUCGAAAGCACUGGGGAUUGCACAUCCGAACAGUCGAAAAGCGACAAAACUGGCGAAACAAGCUGUUAGGCAGUUGGCGAGGUUGAAGACCAAGAAAGAUUUCUCAAUAAGGAAGAACAUUUUUGGUGAAAAACUCAUGUGGUUCAAGGAUCAUUUGCCGUCAGGCGUCACGGUCAUGACAGCAAAUUGUUUUGAAAAACUUUUUGAUAGUUAUCUUGCACGGUUUAAUGAAGAACUAGAACAGAUCGAGAUCAAACAUUCCAUUGGUAAUAGAAAAGGAAGGCAGCAUGCAAGCAGAGAGGAUACAAUAAAAAUGACAGUUUCAAGGGAAAAGGAAGAAUUCGAGACUUGUGGAUUAGAAAUGGUUGAUAUUUUAAACCCGAAGCAGUUGGAGAUGUUGAAAGAAUGGGAAGGAGAAAUUGGAAAAAUGAACAAUUUUGUCAUCAAAAGGUUUACAAGAAACUAUUUAAAAACUUAUAAACCUCUGCCCAUUUCUAAAAAGUAUUUGCGUCAAAAUAGUGAAAAUGAAGGAAACAUAGAGGAUAGCCAAGAAAAAGAGAUGGACACAAAUAAUUGAAAAUGUCAAAUUUUAUGGAAUAUUUAUUGUAAAUACUUGCUAAUAUAUUUUUA